GGAGGAGUACUACCACCGAAUCAAAUGCCACCCGCAUCACCGUCAGGAAUGGUCUAUCCGCAACGAAUGCCGCCUACAAUGGGCCCUCCACCUCCUCAGCAGCAAUACAAUCCGUACCAUCCCCAAAUGCAACAACCACAAUGGAAUACUCAACCGCAGACGGUCAGUUUGCGAUUCUCUGCUCUUUUGAUUGUUCGAUGA